CACACACACUAAUACACACGACACACUUGAACAUUUAUUCGUAUAUGGAUAGUACGUGAUAUAUAUCCUAUGUACGACACACACGACGACGACGACGAUCGGCGACGACCACGACGUCGAGAGAGCCGCGGCGACAAAUAAUUUAAUCAGUUUUGUGCCGAGUUUUCGUGCGAGCGCAGCCGAUUCUUCUUCUGCGUAUCUUUUAUUUCUUUCUUUUUUUGUUAUUAUUGUAUUCGCACACGCGCGCGCCCGAGCGCGAACGAUCUCGUUCGUCGCGACCUGUAGCACUUCUCUCUGCCUCUAUCAAGGAGGAGAAGGAGAUUUUUUUCUGCAGUUUUACUCUUCCAUUCCUUUAUUGCUCCGUCUUUCUCUCUCUCUCUCUCGCGCGCAAGCACACGACUCUUGUUUUGUUUUGUAUAAGUGUGUAUCUUAUUAUCAUUGUGCGGCCGCAGCAACACGAUCAUCGCGCACGAAAGAGCCGAGAAAACACAACUCGACCAGUUGUCCGUAUAAAAGCGUUCAUGUGUUAUUAUUAUAAAUUUUUACGACAAAAAACAUGUCACCGGAAUUGACUUCUGAUUCCAACGACGAGGGCUCGAGAAUAUACUUCUUCGCCGACAGCAACGACGACGACGACAACAACCGCAACAACGCCAUAACGGGCCAGCAGCAGCCGUUUCUGCAGCACCAUGCUCGCACGCCGCCGAGAACGCCGACGUUCACGAGCCCCGGCACGGCCGACCGAAGCCACGUGAGGGUCUACCUGGCCAACGAUCACGACUCGUCGCUGCGAGCCAAUCAAUAUCAUCAUCAGAGCCUGCAGGAGCGAGCCUCGUGGAGGCGCAAGAGCAGGUGUCGGCGCGCCUGCUGCAACAAGACCUGCUGCUGGGCCUCGCUGGCCAUUAUCCUGCCGAGCUUGGUCGCCGCCUGCUACUUCGGCUAUUAUUACGCCGCCAAGUAUCACUUCAAUGUUAACAAUGGCGGUAAUGCUGCAGUCGGGAGUAAUGGAAAUGCAGCGGUUUGGGAUCCGAGCAGUAGUAGCAGUUCCACGACGACGACUACGACGACGACCGAGAUACCGAUAAAGGUCAAGGAGACGAUACAGGGCUCGAGUUUGCUCGUGAUCCAGAGCGAGCGCGACAGCCUCUGGACGUAUCAUCCGGAGCGCAACCAGUUCAGCCAGCUGCUCGCCACCCCGGCCGACUGUCGGCUGCACAGCUUCGACGUGUAUCGCGACCGCACGACCUUCUGGACGGGCAGCUGCGACCCGGCCCGCAUCAAUAGCGUUUCGGCCGACGAGGAUCGCAUCGGCAUCCAGCACACCAGCAAGCUCAACGCCAGCAGUCUGGCGGUGGACCACGUGACGGGCAACAUCUACCUGGUGGAUCGCCACCUCGGCACGCUGAGCGUCAUGGACCAGGCGGGCCGCUAUCACGCCCUGCUGCUGUCGGAGCUCGCUGAGCCGCGCUACCUCGAGCUCGACCCGGAGUCCGGGGUGCUGUUCGUGCUGCAGUCGCCCUCGAAAGCCUCGCGAGCGCAGCUGCCCGACGACGUGGCCGCGGAAUUUCUGCGCGGACAGUCGGAGAUACUGCGAGCCGACAUGGACGGCGCCGAUGCCCGAGUGAUCGUGGCCAACGCGCCCAUCUCGGCGCUGGCCGUCGACGUCGAGUACAAGAAUCUCUUCUGGUCGGUCGACUUCGAUCACGUGUUCCGCACGGACUACGAGGGCGACCAGCGCACCCGCGUCAUACCGCUGGCGAGGCGAGUCAUCAGCAUGGCCGUGCUCGAGGACACCUUAUACAGCAGCGAGGUGGCCAACGUGGCCAAUCCCGUGCACGAUCAGCCCGUCUCCAACGUGCUGAGAUCCUGUCAGCUGGCCAAGGAGAACACCUGCAUGCACCUGACGAGCCACGAGCAGCUGCCGUUCCGCGAUCCGGGCCCGCUGCGUACCUGGGGUGGGCGUCGGCGCACUCGCUGGAAUCCCUGCGCCGGCCGGACCAACGGCGGCUGCGAGCAGCUCUGCCUCAAAGCCCUGGACGCCUCGAGGACCUGUCGCUGCGCCAUCGGCUGGCGCCUGGCCGAGGACGGCCGUGGCUGCGUGCGCGGCGACCUCGGGCCCCAGCUGGUCUAUCUGCAGGGCGGCUACGUGCGCGCCAAGACGAUCGAUCCUGCCAGGAAGCAGUUUACCGAUUUCAUCUGGCCGACGAGUUACGCCGAUUACGUGGCUAUGGACGGCGAAGACCGAGAGGCUCCCGCUAUCACCGCGGUGAGCUUCGAUUACGACCCGUCGACCCACGAGAUCUUCAUCAGCAACGGCCGCAGCGUCUACAAGAUGAACGUGAGCCGCGACGAGCCGCCCAGCAAGAUUUUCAGCUUGGACGACGUGGCGAACUACGUCAUCAACGAUCUGUCCGUGGACACCACGGAGAACCACCAGUUCUACUACAUCAAGCACGCGCUGCAUCGCGAGAGCGGCCACAACGACAGCAUCGCCCGAGUCGACACUCUCAAUUACAACGAGUCGCACUUCCUCACGAUACCGUUCCAUCCGGCCGAGCGACUGCUGCGCACGCGGCCCUACUCGCUGGUGCUCGAUCUCAAGCACAGAAAGGCCUACUUCACCGCGGACAGGGACAAUCAGAACAACGUCCAUCGGGUCGAUCUCUACGACGCCGCGCAGGUGGCCACCGUCACCUCCGAUCUGCCCUACUACAAUCCGGAGAAGAUCGUCGCCAUCGACUACCAGGCCAAUCGACUCUACUACGUGGCUGAUCGCUACGAUCGCUGGAUCGUCAAUACCGAUCUCAACGGGCGCGACGAGCGCCGGCUGCGCGUACCCAUCGAGAGAGUGCGUAGUCUGUCGGUGCACGAGGACUGGCUGUACGUGGCCAACGCCACGGGCGUCUGGCAGCUGAACAAGACCCAGCCCGGGGACACGAACGCCACGAGCCUCGUCGCGCCCACGUUCGAGACCUACGCGGAGAUCGUGGCCGCCCGAGUCUUUUACAAUUGGACGUUCCCGCGCGUGCCCUACCUCUGGGGCUCGUCCGAUUUUCUAGGAAUCGCCUAGUUAGUUGUAUGUAUAGAGGAGGAGACGCGCGCGUCGCGAUAUAUAAAUAAUGUAUAAAGAAAAAAAUUGUAAAUACGGGAGAGAGAGAGAGAGUCUAGUCAUUUUGUGAGAUAGAGAGAGAGAGAGAAACUGUGAGCGUGCGCGACAAAACAAGGUGCUUAACCGUAGAGUAUUUUUUUUUCCUUCUCUAACGUGGAUGAUUGACUGACCGAUUCGUUACGAUUGUACAUAUUCAGCGCACACAUUUAUCGUCAUAUUUCUUGUGAUCGUACUAGUCAUUUGUAAUUAUAAAAUGUCGAGUGCCUCUGUGCGCGCUGCACGCACGCACGCGUUUGUACAUAAUAUAUAAAAGUGUGUUCCACGAUCGAUCUCAGACUGUUUAUUAUUAUUACCUUUUUUUGUAUGUAAAUUACAAAAUAUUUUUUUUAGCUGCCAAAUUUGUAAAUAACAUAUCUCCAUAUGUGUAAUUAUUAUUAUUAAACGCACAAUCGUUUGUAUCAUGAAAAACGAGAAUCAUAAUUUUAAA